AUGAGGCCCAGAGACCCCUAUCCCAGUCAUACUGCACCACGGAUACAACCCUCCACAGGAUUCCAGUUCCGAGAUGUUUCACCUCUGCGGGACAAACCUAUUUGGAAUGACCCACGCAACAAAUCAGAACCUUGGACUAAGUCCCUCCGGAAAUAUAGAGUAACCUUGAAUCACAGGCCUGUUGAAUCUGUGCUGAGCAGAAAAGCACCUUUUGCAGCUCGAACCUUAAGUGCUGGCUUGAGUGGUCAUAGGUAUAGAAAUGGUUGUGCUGAUGUGUUGCCACAAUAUAGUUCAAUGAAUGAUCCCCACUUGUUUGACUACUAUGCCAGGAAGUUUGGACUGCGAGUGACUACCAGGUGUCUUCCAGUUUCUGAUCACAUGAAGAGACAUCACCAAAGUGCACCCCAAUACAGGAACGAGCAUGCUGGUAUCAGAUCCAGUUCUGCAAUGCACAGAAAAGUGCUAUACAAAGUCACUGUGAAGACUGGAGAUAAGAGAGGUUCGGGAACUGAUGCCAGGGUAUUUCUUAAGAUGAAGGGCUCUAAAGGAAAACUCAGCAAGACACGUUUAUAUAAGAAAACUGGAUCUAAUGUGUCUCAACAAGCAGCUGUGUUUAAAUUCUCCAAAGGGUCAAUUAAUACCUUUAAAAUUCAUGGUCCAGAAAUUGGAGAAAUCCAAAACAUCACCCUGGAGCAUGAUGGUCUAGAGAAGCAGCAAGCCUGGUAUGUGGAGGAGAUAACUGUGACUAAUCCAAGCCGUGAGAAGACUUGGCACUUCCUAGGUCGACAAUGGCUAUCAUUGUAUCACACUGACUGCCAGCUCAGCCGCAGCUUUAUGCCCACUGGCAAAGGCAGACUCGCUGUUGUGGAUGGAAAACCUGACCACACAGAGCCAAAGGGCUCUAAAAACAGAAAGUUCUCAAGAUGGACCAAUGAAUUAGUAAUGUCACCGAAAAAGAAGAAAACCCCAAGGCAAGAAGAGACAGAAGAGGACGAAGAGGAAGGUGCAUGGGUCAAAGAGGUGAAGGAGAGGCAGGAGGCGUUAGAAGAAGAGGGCAGACCAAUUGCUAAUGAGAGCAGUGGUUCAGGAAAGAAAAGCAAGCUUACAACAUACCAAAGUUUAGCUGGCAAGGAGAAAAGGGACGCAGAUGCUGAUGAGUUAGAGGAUCCCAGUCAUAGAUAUAGGAGGAAAAAGAAACAAGGAGUUAGGGAAAUAAAUCAAAAGGGAACAAAUUGGAAGGUAAAGGAUCAAGGGAAGAGUGGCAGAGAUCCAGGAGAGGUGAUAGUCGCGUGUGAUAUUAAAUGCAGUGAGGAGGAGAACAAUAAUGACAUGAAAGAGAAGAAUAAAAAGAAUAAAGCAACAGAGGAGGAGGAAGAUGAGGAAGAUGAAAUCCAUGACAAAAAAAAGAAAAAAUCCUCCUCCACUGAGGCCUCUGAAAAGAAGAAAUCAAAGUCCAGGGAGGCAUUGGAUAAUGGCGCGAGAAACGCAUCAUGA